AUGGUUGCUUUCACUGUUGACCAAAUGCGUGGCUUAAUGGACCAUGUUACUAAUGUUAGAAACAUGUCCGUUAUUGCUCACGUCGAUCAUGGUAAAUCCACUUUGACCGAUUCUCUAGUCCAAAGAGCUGGUAUUAUUUCCGCUGCUAAGGCUGGUGAAGCUCGUUUCACCGAUACCAGAAAGGAUGAACAAGAAAGAGGUAUUACUAUCAAGUCUACUGCCAUCUCUUUAUUCUCAGAAAUGACUGAAGAAGAUGUUAAGGAAAUUAAGCAAAAGACCGAAGGUAACUCUUUCUUAAUUAACUUGAUCGAUUCCCCAGGUCACGUUGAUUUCUCCUCUGAAGUUACUGCUGCUCUUCGUGUUACCGAUGGUGCUUUAGUUGUCGUCGAUACCAUUGAAGGUGUUUGUGUCCAAACUGAAACCGUUUUGAGACAAGCUCUAGGUGAAAGAAUUAAGCCUGUUGUUGUUAUUAACAAGGUUGACAGAGCUCUAUUGGAAUUACAAGUCUCCAAGGAAGAUCUUUACCAAACUUUCGCCAGAACCGUUGAAUCCGUUAACGUUAUCAUCUCCACUUACGCUGAUGAAGUUCUAGGUGAUGUUCAAGUUUACCCAUCCAAGGGUACCGUUGCUUUCGGUUCCGGUCUACAUGGUUGGGCUUUCACCAUCCGUCAAUUUGCUAACAGAUACGCCAAGAAAUUCGGUGUUGACAAGGAAAAGAUGAUGGAAAGAUUAUGGGGUGACUCUUACUUCAACCCAAAGACCAAGAAAUGGACUAACAAGGAGACUGAUGCUGAUGGUAAGCCAUUAGACAGAGCUUUCAACAUGUUCGUUCUAGAUCCAAUCUUCAGAAUCUUCGCUGCUGUUAUGAACUUCAAGAAGGAUGAAAUUCCAACUUUACUAGAAAAGCUUGAAAUUGGUCUAAAGGGUGACGAAAAGGACCUAGAAGGUAAGGCUUUACUAAAGGUUGUUAUGAGAAAGUUCUUGCCAGCUGCCGAUGCUUUGUUAGAAAUGAUUAUUCUACACUUGCCAUCCCCAGUUACUGCUCAAAACUACAGAGCUGAACAAUUAUACGAAGGUCCAGCUGACGAUGCUAACUGUAUCGCCAUCAAGAACUGUGACCCAACUGCUGACUUAAUGCUUUACGUCUCCAAGAUGGUUCCAACCUCUGAUAAGGGUAGAUUCUACGCUUUCGGUAGAGUUUUCGCUGGUACCGUUAAGUCUGGUCAAAAGGUUAGAAUCCAAGGUCCAAACUACGUUCCAGGUAAGAAGGAAGAUCUUUUCCUAAAGGCUAUCCAAAGAGUUGUUCUAAUGAUGGGUAGAUUCGUCGAACCAAUCGAUGACUGUCCAGCUGGUAACAUUAUCGGUUUAGUCGGUAUUGAUCAAUUCUUACUAAAGACCGGUACUUUGACUACUUCCGAAACCGCUCACAACAUGAAGGUCAUGAAAUUCUCUGUCUCUCCAGUUGUUCAAGUUGCUGUUGAAGUUAAAAACGCUAACGAUCUACCAAAGUUGGUCGAAGGUCUAAAGAGAUUAUCCAAGUCCGAUCCAUGUGUCUUGACUUACAUGUCUGAAUCCGGUGAACAUAUUGUUGCUGGUACUGGUGAAUUACAUUUGGAAAUUUGUCUACAAGAUUUGGAACACGACCAUGCUGGUGUUCCAUUGAGAAUCUCUCCACCUGUUGUUGCUUACAGAGAAACUGUUGAAACUGAAUCUAGUCAAUCUGCUCUAUCUAAGUCUCCAAACAAGCAUAACAGAAUCUACUUGAAGGCUGAACCAAUGACCGAAGAAACCUCUUUGGCUAUUGAAAACGGUGUCAUCAACCCAAGAGAUGAUAUCAAGGCCAGAGCUAGAAUCAUGGCUGAUGAAUACGAAUGGGAUGUCACUGAUGCCAGAAAGAUCUGGUGUUUCGGUCCAGACGGUAACGGUGCUAACGUUGUUGUUGACCAAACCAAGGCUGUCCAAUACUUGAACGAAAUCAAGGACUCUGUUGUCGCUGCUUUCCAAUGGGCUACCAAGGAAGGUCCAAUUUUCGGUGAAGAAAUGAGAUCCGUUAGAGUUAACAUUCUAGAUGUUACUUUACAUGCUGAUGCUAUCCACAGAGGUGGUGGUCAAAUUAUCCCAACUAUGAGAAGAGCUACCUACGCUGGUUUCUUAUUAGCUGAACCAAAGAUCCAAGAACCUGUUUUCUUAGUUGAAAUUCAAUGUCCAGAACAAGCUGUUGGUGGUAUUUACUCUGUCUUAAACAAGAAGAGAGGUCAAGUUAUCUCUGAAGAACAAAGACCAGGUACUCCAUUAUUCACUGUUAAGGCUUACUUACCAGUUAACGAAUCUUUCGGUUUCUCCGGUGAACUAAGACAAGCUACCUCUGGUCAAGCUUUCCCACAAAUGGUGUUCGAUCACUGGGCCACUAUCAACUCUGACCCAUUGGACCCAACUACCAAGGCUGGUGAAAUUGUUCUUGCUGCCCGUAAGAGACACGGUAUGAAGGAAGAAGUUCCAGGCUGGCAAGAAUACUACGACAAGUUAUAA